GAAGGUUGUUGGCUGGAAGUACAGCAUGGGACCAGGGCAUGGGUGCGCACGCAUACCCACUCUUGACUGAAUAUUGUCUGAGAGUCCAGAUGCCAAACCUCGCUGCAUAUUACGACGUUCCGCAACCGGGCGCAGCGACGCAAGCAAUCACGAAGACCACUCAUGCGCAUGUGUAUUCUAGGCUUUCACGCACCUUCGGAGCAUGCUCUUCAAUGCCGAAUCUCAGGACGCUCCGCGCGUGUGCAAUCCUCUGUGCACCUCGGCCAGGAUGACGAGCGAGGCAACCAAGACGGCCUUCUCGAUGUCGAUGAUGGCCGUCGGUGGAUCAGCUGAAGCUGUAAGGCAAAGGCGCGACAGGAACGGCGCCAUAUUCACUUCUCACUCAAGGAGGGCACGACAGACCCCAGAAAACGUACGAUACGAGAACGAAGUCAGAGCUCGGGGCGAGAAGACCUCAUGCGAUAUCGUAUACGGCGCAAACGCAUUAUUGCGUCAAAAUGAAGCGUCGCGGAGCUGUGCCCCGCAAACGUCGUCCGCAGCCGGAGUCGGUGUGAUGUAGAGACGUACCAGAAGCCAGUCUAGACGCAGGACGCUCGCUGGGAAGUUCGAGCGAAGGAGAACGUGUAACGCUUUCGCCGCCUGAUCAUGCCGACGACCAGACCCCUGCACUGCUUCCGCCUGAGCCUCUGGGAAGCAAGCACUGGCCUGCGUUCGGACCCAAAGGCUACGAUAGUGCCAGGUAGAUUGGGGCCAUGCCGGCCAGCGCGUCGUCACAUUGAUCAUACCCACCGAAACCAACGGCCAGCGCGCCAAGCCGAACGGUCCCGCAAUGCACCGUGCCCAUCCCCAAAAUGUGGCGAGAACGACGGUUUCGGCAGUCGGGGACCGAGUCAGGCAUAUUGAUCGAGUCGUGGCUCUGUUGAGCGACGAAGGCCCUCCGCAGUGGCGCUAUGUUUGUUAUUGCUCCCUAUACUUCGUCCACUGCCGAUUUGUUGGGGAGAUCACUGGAACUUGCAUGUAUUAAAUGCCUGCUUCUCGACUACCUACUUUGUAGUCUUCGGAUCUCGCAAUUUCAAUGUUCAUCGUCUUCUGUUAC